AAAUUUGCAUAUAUGGUUGCAAAAAUAAAAUAAAUUUUACGAAAACUUUAAAAUACAAUAAAUGAAACAAUUCUUUUCUUUUGAAACAUCUUAAAUAAGAACUAAGAAGGAAGGAGUUAACUAAAUUUAAUUUAUUGCUUAAUAGGAUGUAGAUUGUCGACUAGUGAGAUUUAGACACACAUCCAUGAUGGGUCCAUUCCUUUUUCCACGACAUGAAAACAUACAGAGUACUCUUGCUGACAAUGACUCAGAAAUGACUAUUUCUCCAACUUCCAAAUCUUCUUGUGAAUUAAAGUACAUUUUUAACCACAAAAUAAGGUUAAAAGUACAUUUUUUCCCUUUGUUGCUAUGCUUGCACCGCAUGAAAACAAACGUUGAGUAGGGACGUGUUCUCUUUAUGUCCAUAUCAUUGGCCGCUCAGGCUCCCACCAUGCGCAUAUUUUUCUGUAAAUUUCUUACACGUUUCAACAUUGGAAAUGUCGGUCCACGCUUCGAGAUCUUUGAUCAGUCUAAUCUCAAGCAUCAAUGACCUCUUAACUUAAAAAGGAUCAUGAACAUACCACAUAUGUGCAUGUAUAUGCAUGUGAAGAGGAAUUCCCUAGACAAAUUUAAUUGUUAUGAUCGUUGUUGUAAUUGCUUUAAGAAACAAGGAACAAACGAGCAAUUAGUUAGGAAUUUGGUUAAUAUUUUCAUUAUUAUUGUCCAUGAUAGCAAAUGUCCAUACCAUUACAAAGAUAUUGGGUUUUCCAAUAAACAUGGCCCAUUAAAAUUCAGACCAUUAUAAAUGAAAACAUAAACAUAGUUAGAGCAACCCCAUCAAGGGUUUAUAACAGGUUCAUGGACUCAGUAUCAUAGGCCCGAGUAAUAAAAAUAAAUGAGAAAUUGGGUUUAAUGUCGCGACCCGCCUCUUACGAGUGACCCCGUCCGAUACGGGUUCACGACAGGUGUCGCAUUCUCACUGGAGAAGGGGAGUCGACGUCACGCGGUGGAAAGCGGAGAGAGAAUCAUUUCUCUCAUUUUCGCGUAAAAAGCUAGGGUUUCCUCCUCCGGCGAUUUCGCGUGCGACGCCGAUCUCUCUCCACUUUUCUCUCCUUUUCUCGAUCGAUUCGACGGCGGAUUGUCUCCUCGAGGAGCAGAGAUGGAUCCCUUAGAAGAGAUAAGAGAUAGUAAGAGGCAACUAGAGUUCUUAAACCACCUGGGAGACGUGGCCGAUUCGGAAUAUGGGAUGCCCAGAAGAUGUGCUUGUGGUGGGAGAAUGAUUGACGAGCUGAGAGUGAAGGAUGAGUUCGACACUCAGCCUGGGAAGCGCUUCUUCAGCUGCGUUAACUACGAGGCUGAUGGUUUGCAUUAUCGGCAGCCUUGGGUUAUAGGUGUGCAGGAGGAGAUGGUACACCUGCGUAAGCGUGUUGAGGAGGCUGAUGAGGUGAUAAAGGGGGUGCCCAUUCUCAAUAAACAGAUUGAGAGUGUUGAGGCACAAGUUAAAAGGCUGACUUUGCUGCUUGAUAAGCUCACUGGUGACGUGUAUAACCUCACAGUGCAGGUGGCUGCUCUGGAGAAUGUCUGUUUCGACUGAAAUCCAACAGGUAAACAUUCCUACUAAACUGAAGUUGAAGUUCUUUCCGCGUAGGUUGCUUGUUGUAGUUGAACUGAUACUUAACUUAAGUAGGAACUCAACUAGUUUCAUUAAAUAUCUAGAGUAGGAGCUGUACUAGAUUUUAGGUUUCAUUAACUAGUUGUUGGUUGGUUGCUGUGAUGAAUGGUCAUAAAAUGCUAUCUGUCGAAAACGUGUUUGAGUUUUAAAAAUUGAUUUGAUGUGUAAUGAAUGCAUUCUGUGAUAAACUUGUUGUCUAAUUAAGGCUAAUGAAUGUUAGGUAGAAAGGAACACCUUUUAUAGAUACUCAAACCAACUACUGUAAACACAAAGCAAGUUCUAAAAAUCACUCUAAAUCACCACGCACUUGUCAAAAAACACCAAAAAAUUUAAAACACAACCUGAAACCAAAAUGGAUCCCUUUUCUCUUAAUUCUCCCGGGUUUGUAAACCUACUAUCUUCCCAGUGCAGUCAAACCACUCAAACCAUAGAUGUAGGGUCCUCAGAUGUUCCUAAACCGGUGGAGAGGAGAAAGUGGACAACACAAGAAGACAUUGUCCUCAUUAGUGCCUGGUUGAACACCAGUAAGGAUCCCAUAGUUAGUAACCAGCAGAAGUUAGGGUCUUUUUGGAAAAGAAUAGAGGAUUACUUUAAUUCAAGCGCUCAGGUCAUUGGCUUUGCUCCUAGAGAGUGGAGUCAGUGUAAGCAGAGGUGGGGAAGGGUUAAUGAGCAGGUGUGUAAGUUCGUUGGAAGCUAUGAGGCGGCUUUGAAAGAGCAAGCUAGUGGGCAAAAUGAGAACGAUGUCAUGAAGUCUGCUCAUGACAUCUUCUUUAACGACUACCACGCGAAGUUCGCACUUGAACACGCGUGGAGGGAGCUGAGGUAUGAUCAAAAGUGGAGAUCGACCUCUUGCGCAAAAGAUGGUGCAAAGGAGAAACGAAAGGAGGCUGCAGAGUCAGUCCCUGACUCGGAUGAGGCUAGGCCUCCUGGUGUGAAGGCUUGCAAAUCAGCCAAACGCAAGAAAAAGGGGAAUGAAGCAGCAUUUGAUCGACUAGAGAGCAUUCUAGACUUGAAACGAAACCUAUCGAAACAAAAAAUACUAGAUCGAUUACUCUCUAAGAAACUAGAAACUCUAACUGAGAGUGAGGUGGCUCUGAAGGACAAACUAGUUUCUGAGAUGCUCUAGGUGACAAUUUGAUAAUUUUUCUAGUUUUCUAAGUUGUUUAGUUGAUAAUUUGCUUAGUCCAUUACUUGAUAACUGCUUGUACUUAGUUGCGGAUUUGCUUAGUUCAUUACUUGUUGACUAAAACUUCUCUUCUUAUGUCUCGUUUUGCAGGUGAAGGUUGUUGGUCACGGGUUCUGGAGGUCACGGGUUCUGGAGGUCACGGGUUCUGGAGGUCACGGGUUCUGGAGGUCACGGGUUCUACAAGGUCACGGGUUCUACAAGCGCUUCUGCAGGUCACGUUUUUUUCUGAGGUUGAUGGGUUUUGCUUCACGGGUUAUCGUAGUAGUAGUAGUUGUACUCUAGUGUGAUGGGUUUUGCUUCACGGGUUUUGCUUCACGGGUUGUACUGGUGACAACAAUUUUUCAAGUACUUGUGGUUGUUUAUGCAAGUGUCACGGAUGUUGUAUAACACCACUAUAUAAUCUAUGUCUCAUUUAUUAUGCAUUGGUCUCAUAUUCUUGUUCAUCUCUUCUCUCUAAAACAAUCACAACACAACUCUAUUUCCCAUCUCUUAUCUAAACAAUCACAAGACAACUCCCAAACAUUCUUCUUCUAUCAAGCGCAAACAUUCUUCUUCUUAUCUAACCCCACGCCCAAACAUUCUUCUUCUAUCAAGACAACCACAACACAAUCCACCCACGCCCACACAUUCUUCUUGUAGCGCUUUUUUUUUUUAAACACUUCAUCAUAUUUUCUUGUUUCAAAUUCAUCUCUUAAUUUUUUUUUCUUCUAUCUUGUUUUUUUCAAUUUUUUCCCUUUUUAAUUUUUUUUAAAAAAACUCUAAAUCAAUUGUUCUUCUUUUAUCUCUUUUUUUUUUCUUUAUAAGAAAUGUCGUCCUCAUCGUCAGAUGGCGUAGAUGAAGUUUUUGAAGAAUUUUUUGACGAAGAAUUUGAUAAUAUCGUCGACUCUCUACUUGUACAAGCCAACAAACCAAAGAGACGAGCUUAUAUCGAAAGAGAUCGGGAACAAGGCCACAUUCAACUAUGGAAUGACUAUUUCCAGGAAAAUCCUACUUACCCACCGGACAUGUUUAGGCGGCGUUUUCGAAUGAACAAGCCAUUGUUCCUUCGCAUUGUCGAGCGGCUAAGUACAGGUGUUCCAUACUUUCGGCAAAGACGAAAUGCUCACGGAAGGAAAGGCCUAUCACCUCUUCAAAAAUGUACGGCAGCUAUACGUAUGCUCGCAUAUGGUCAAUCGGGAGAUACGUAUGACGAAUAUCUCCGACUUGGUGAAAGUACGGCACUUUUAUGUUUGGAACAUUUCACUAAUGGGAUAAUAGACUUUUUUGGUGAAGAGUAUCUAAGAAGACCUACCGCGGAAGAUCUUCAACGAUUACUCGAUAUUGGAGAGGUUCGCGGGUUUCCAAGAAUGAUUGGUAGCAUUGACUGUAUGCAUUGGGAGUGGAAAAACUGCCCUACGGCUUGGAGAGGGCAGUACACACGAGGUUCAGGAAAGCCGACAAUUGUCUUAGAGGCUGUGGCAUCAGAAGAUCUUUGGAUAUGGCACGCAUUUUUCGGAUUACCAGGUACCUUAAACGAUAUCAAUGUUCUUGAUCGGUCUCCUGUUUUUGAUGACAUUAUACAAGGUCGAGCACCUAAAGUUAAAUUCAAGGUCAACAAUCACACUUACCGUAUGGCGUACUACCUUACUGACGGAAUUUAUCCGAAUUGGUCAACAUUUAUCCAAUCCAUCCCACUUCCUCAAGGUAAUAAAGCAGAGCUGUUUGCUAAACAUCAAGAAUCCACUAGGAAAGAUGUCGAAAGGGCUUUCGGGGUAUUGCAAUCGAGGUUUGCAAUAGUAAAAAACCCAGGUCGACUAUGGGACAAGGAAAAGUUAGGGAAGAUUAUGAGAACUUGUGUCAUAUUACACAAUAUGAUUGUGGAGAACGAACGAGGCGGAUACUCUCUAAGUGAUACUUCUCAGUUCGAGUCAGGAGAGUCAAGCAGAAAUUCGAAAGUCAAAAGGAGAGAAAGUUUGCAUUUGAAUAACAUGCUAGGCAUGCGCAAUGAAGUUCGGGAUUCAGGAAAACAUGAUAGUUUGAAAGCUGAUUUAGUUGAAAAUGUAUGGCAAAAAUUUGGUAACUUAGAUGAAUAAUCUUUGUAUCUUCAUCAAUUAUCAAUGUAAUGAAUAAAUUUUAUUUAUAAAAUAUAUUUUACAAUAUUAUAUUUAUCUUUUCAAAAUAAUUUCAAAAGUAAAAAAAAAAUUAUAAAUAUAUUAUUUAAUUCUUAUGAACUCCUAGAGAGGUUCACUAAUGUAGAAGCACAAUA